UGAAUUCAUCAAGUUUUCUGUUCGUCUUUUUCAUGAGACAUCCAAAUUAAUCGCUGGGGCACGACUUCCUGUGGUGCGCACCUUCCCGCUGCCUUUCCCGAAAGCCUUCAAGUAUUUCAGGCUAUGUUUUGGAAAGUUUUGAUUUGCAAAACUUUUGUAAAUAAUCCUUAUUUUAUGUUUUAAUGCAGAGACAAUAGCAAAGCUGUCAUAUGUUUGAUGAUAUACUCCUGUAGAAGUGAAGGAGCUGACAGGUGAAACCUCUUCCUUAGAUGAACAUGAUCAAUAAUCAUGUAUAACCACUAUAUUAAAAAUCAAAUAUUCUCAUUCAAACCAGGAAAAUGUUCGUAUUAAAAAUUAAAAUUAUGUCACUUGAAAUUGAAAUGUUGAGGUGACCACAUGUGACCACAUUGAGGCACAUUUGAAUCAGGCACAAAUGACACAAGCACUGAGUGCUAGCUCUCCAUAUAUUUUCAAACAUUUCCCCCAAAAGCAAGAAAAAGCCCCAAAAUUCUGUUAUUUUACUGGACGUAGUAUGAUGCAACACAGGAUCAACAAUACAGCACCUGCAGUAUUAAGUAUCGCCCAUGAAAGAGAUUUGGAGAAGUUGACAGAGAACAAAAAGAGCAAAGUUCCCGGUAAACCACGUCGUUUAUAGAUUGCUACCUGGAACCUGGAUGAACUGGACAAGCUGGAUGGAUGAUGUGGUACUGAGGACAGUGAGAGGAGAGUGGAAGAGAAAAACAGGCUGAAGGAAGAUUUUAAAAACACUCAUUAAACAAACGAAGCACGCGGCGAGACGCACGGCUGACUGAGAUGGACUCGAAGACACUGAGACAAACUUGGGAUUAUCAGUAAGGGAUCAUCAGAAGAGGAGUUUCUCAAACAUGGACUAGUCUGGGAGCGUGCACAUAUAUAGACAAACACACACUCACCCUCAUACAUUCGCACACUCUGUUCCCUCGUGAGAGGCCUUGGAAGCGGACAGGUGCCAUUAUGCAGGAGUCUCCAGGUGCGGUUGGUGUGGAUGGCAGCUACACUAGUAAUGUUCCAGCCUUUCUAACUAAGCUGUGGACCCUGGUUGAGGACCCAGACACCAACCACCUUAUCUGCUGGAGUGCCACUGGGACUAGUUUCCAUGUGUUUGACCAGGGUCGCUUUGCUAAGGAGGUUUUGCCCAAAUAUUUUAAACACAACAACAUGGCAAGCUUCGUCCGGCAACUCAACAUGUAUGGUUUUCGUAAGGUGGUAAACAUCGAGCAGAGUGGUUUGGUGAAACCUGAGAGAGACGAUACAGAGUUCCAACAUCUGUACUUCCUCCAGGGACAUGAGCACAUGCUGGAACACAUCAAAAGAAAGGUGUCCAUAGUGAAGAGUGAAGAGACUAAAGUUCGUCAGGAGGACCUCAGUAAGCUGCUGUACGAAGUCCAGCUUCUCAGGACACAACAGGACAACAUGGAGUGUCAGAUGCAGGACAUGAAGCAGCAGAAUGAGGUGCUGUGGCGGGAGGUGGUGUCACUGAGACAGAACCACACGCAGCAACAGAAAGUCAUGAACAAGCUGAUUCAGUUUCUGUUCAGCCAGAUGCAGUCCAACACACCCAGCACUGUGGGCCUAAAGAGAAAGCUGCCUCUGAUGUUGGACGAUGGCUCUCCCAGCCCUCCUGCCUCCAAGUUCAGCCAUAGUCACCAGAUGGAAGCCAUCCACGAGCCCUUCUACAUCCAGUCGCCAUCCAGUGAUACUGCUUCCUGCUCUGCUAGCGGACUUGCAGGAGGACCGAUUAUAUCCGAUGUUACUGAUAUGUCUCAGGCGAGCAUGGCUCUGCAGAUGCAGCCUGAUGAGACUAGGGAGAAGUGCAUGAUGCUGAUCAAAGAGGAGCCUGUGAGUCCAGGGGUACGAGGGGGAGGAAAAGGAAGCAGUGUCCCGGGAGGAGAGGCUGUAGCGUUGACCUCCCCGUGUGAGGUGUGCUCCUCUGAACCACCUGUCCUUCCUGUUGCAAUGGUCCAAUCUGUUCUGGAGGGGAGGGGCUCUGUAGGCUCCAUGCUGGAGAGGAGGAGCAAGAGACCUGCUCUGGAGAGAGCUGAGGUUGCAGACACAGUGGAGAAUGUGGACAUGAGUCUGGAGGAGCUGCAGCAUCUGCUUCUUAGGAGCCAUCAGCAAAACGCUGUGGAAGCUGGGACCAGUGCUGUCAUGGAUCCUUUCAGUCUAAGUCUGCCUCUGACUGAGUGGAACUUCACAGAGAUGGAGCCCAACCUCAAACCAUACAUGUUCCAGAACCAGGAAGUCGAGGCUUUUCCAGCCGCUGGCUGUGAAGAACAGUGAAUUUGUGCCGUGAACAGUCCUUUCUGAGGUGAAAGGUCACAGACGCUGCCGUUACGCUUUGUACUCCAGUGGGCACCAGUUUGAGCCCCAGGCCCUGCCAGGCUAUUUCCUACAAGUGACUUUGAUUUUAUUCUUUAUACAUCCACAUGCCUACAACAGAAAAAGGUCUCUGCAGUCGUUUUGAUCAAAGCUUUUACUUCCUGGUUUUUUGACUUCAUCGGAUCUAUCAGCUGUCUGAUCUGUGGGCGUGAACGAUACCCACAUGGCGAAAAAAGAUGUUAGUGACUAUGAUUUUCACAGUUAACCAAUCACAGAAGAGCAUUACGACAGCCUUACAUCUAGACUCUGAUAUUAAGCCGGAUGGAUGCAGACGGUGCAUUCUUGGCUCCUGCACUUUAGUCUUUGUGUGAGAGGGAGUUCCUGCUUGGAGAGGUGACUUUUUCUUCCUAUAAAGAUUUCACGACAGAUGAA